AUGAAAAUGUCAAUGGAACUGUCCCGUCAAGAGCAAGAGGAAGCUCGUGACCUUGUCAUGCAAUUACUUGAUCGAACUCUCUACGACUGCAACGAACUAGGUUUGGGCGUGAAGCACAAGGUGUUUAAUCACGCAGACAUGAAUAGUAAGAGAUGGAAGAAACUUCAGUCAUACCCGGAUUUAACAUUGUAUGCUGAUCGAACUCCUAAUUCUGCUUGGCUUCCUGUGAUGCAUCGUGGAGACUGGGAGCAACCGGCUGCAGUGGUUGCUGUAGGUCGGAUGAAUUGCUCGGUCGAUGACAUGCUGCUAGCGUUCUUGGCCACUAGCGUAGCUGCUCUUCGACUGCAAAGCUUGUUAUUGUGUCGGCGCCCGGACCAAAACGUUAAAUUGGUAUCAAUCGUGAAACCCACCGAAACAACUCCGUUCCAGUAUCUUGGGGUGGUGCAACUCAUAACCACGCAACAUUGGCCAUUCACGAUGUUUGUCGGUCCUCGAGAGUUGAUGGCGACGUGUGCUACAGGUGACGUAGUUACAGCAAAUGGAAGGCGGUUUGGCUACGAGAUCUGUUUGUCAGUUCCCUUCUGCCGUUCGGCCAAUUUGGCACGUUCUCAAAUUGUUAUGACCCGUGUUUUCUGGGAACAAUCGGACGGAACUGUGGGUAUGUACAGUAAGUUUAUCACCGACAUCAGAAUUCAUUUGCCAGAGUCGAUAAAGCAAGGAAUGCUUUGUCGUGCGGUCCUGCGUUUCUUUUGGAAGUUCAUACCUCGUUGUAUUGAGAUGAAAAAGUUGCGAUGGUGUUUAAAGAACAAAAGCGUUUUGAUUGCUGAUCUCCUGAGUCAGCCUCAAGUAAUGGGAGGCCCAGCCAGUUGUGGGGGGAUGUGGUGCUUAUGCGCUACAACUUGUAAACGAGAAACCAAGAAAAUUGAACGAGCAUCGAUGCGUGCUUUGCGACGUGUGGCUAUGCUGGAAAUCGUUUUGUCGUACAUCUUGUCAGGUUACGGCGGUGGUUGGUGA